AUGUCACUGAAGGAUGUUCAUGGGACUAACUCUAAAGAGGAACUGCGAACCCUGAUACGGGACAAGGAUAUAUGGAGGGGGUUGUCUGAAGUAGAUCGGACUUUGUUCCGACAUAAUAUGUAUAUAUAUACCACUAAACUACAGAAAGUCCUCAAGAAACUACACACCGACAAGAAGAUCACGACCGACCUAUACCACAAGAUGCGCAACCUACAUCCUAGAUGGCCUCAACUUUACAGACAACCUAAGAUACACAAACCCGGCGCACCUAUCCGUCCCGUAGUAAGCUUCUACAACACCCCCCUACAAGCCCUCCACAAAGUCCUCGCUUCUUUUCUCAAACCCCUAGCCCAGAACCCCUUACGCCUCAAAGACUCUUCCGACUUCAAACACCGCUUCGACUCCUCUCUCAAUCCAUCCUUCCACUACCACGCCUCCUUAGACGUCCAAUCCUUGUACACCUCCUGUGACAUGCGCCUAGUAGCCCUCAAAACUGUCAUCUCCUCCUUUGAACAGAACCCCUCUCGUCUUCCCCUCAAUGUCACCACCACCACCAUAGGCUCCCUUAUCAACUUUUGCCUUGACAACUCAUACCUUGAAUUCAACUGCUCCUUCUACUCCCAAGACGAAGGUGAGACAGAAACCACGCAGAAUCCUUCCUUACAUUCCUUAACUCCCUUAGCUGAAGACCUCAACUUUACCCAAGAACAUCCCUCUACAGACGGAACUAUACCCUUCCUUGACGUUCUCAUCCACCCUGACAAAUCCACAUCAGUCUACAGAAAACCCACCCACACCAACCUCUACACCAAGUACUCCUCCUGCACCACCAACUCAUCUAAGAACGCAGUCAUCCGAUCACUGACCAGAAGAGCCCACAACAUCUGCUCACCCCAACACCUUGACGACGAAUUCCAGACAGUACGACACGUUUGCCUCCAGAACGGCUUCCCUCCUCACCGCAUCACUACCAUCAUGGACGAAAUACUCGGACAACACGACAUCAAAGUCACCCACUCCUCUGCUACCUCCCUCCGCAACCUCCUCACCAAAACGAAGACCACACCCCCUACUCACCUCACUCCCAACACCAUCUACGAAAUUUCCUGCUCACAGUGUCCCUCCAAAUACGCCGGACAGACCUACAGACCCUUGGUCCACCGCAUGAAAGAACACGAACGAUGUUACAGACUCAACAACGCCAUCGACGAAUCCACAGACAGAAUCAAAUCAGCCCCUGCACAUCAUGCCCUGACCACCGGCCACACCAUCUCCUGGAACAACAUCGAAGUCCUCAAAUCCCUCACCUCACGCUCCCAACUUGACCUCACAGAACAUGCAGCUAUACAAAUACGACAACCAGCCAUGAACAGAACAGACCGCGCACCCAAAUGUAGUUCUCUCUGGGACCCCAUUCUUCCUAAAAUUGCCAAAUCCUUAAAGUCCAGACCAUCUGGCAUUUCCUUCUCAACCUCAACAGAAGACUAA